UUCAAAGUUAGAUAACUGGCCCAGUUCUUCGCAGUCGGAUUGGCUGCGAGAGGCCCUGUAAAACCGUGCUGGCCAGCAGCCCGGCCCAGCCCUGCUAGGCUGCAAGUGAUUUCCACAAUUGGCCACUUCAGAGUGGGAGUGGGGGAGGUGAAGACAGCUGGGCAAACUGCAUCUCCACCAAGCUGCUUCCCUUCCUCCUCGGGUUUUCUCAGCCGGAGUUAUUUGGCAAAGCCUGCUCCGGGUGCCUCCAAACCCCUCUCGUGAGGUCCAAGCGAGCGGGUUGCGGCACUGGCGGCCAGGCUGCUGGCACUACAUUGGCCUCUCUAGAGCAGUCCCGGCACAGGACAUGUCAGUCUGCAACAGCCCUGGGGGCCCCGCUGCCCUGGACUUUCCUGAAGUCCUGAAGUCCCUGCUGGAGUACUCCUUACCCUGGACCAACAAAAUGACAGAUAAAGAGAAGAAGAUAAAGCUUGAGGAAGAUGAGGCGGCCGCUGCCAGCACUAUGGCAGUCUCAGCUUCCCUCAUGCCACCUAUCUGGGACAAAACUAUUCCUUACGAUGGGGAGUCUUUCCAUCUGGAGUACAUGGAUCUGGAUGAAUUUCUCCUAGAGAAUGGAAUUCCUUCCAGCCCUACUCACCUGGAUUUGAACCAGAAUCCACUCAUGCCUGUGGCUAAGCUGGAAGAAAAGGAGCCAGCCAGUGCAUCCACUGGUUCUCCUGUGUCUUCGUCAUCUACUGCCGUCUACCAGCAAUCUGAAGCAGCCUCCAGCACAGAAUCCCCACCGCGAAAUGAGAGAAAUACACCCAGCCCCAUUGAUCCUGACUGUGUAGAAGUUGAGGUGAAUUUUAAUCCUGACCCUGCUGAUUUAGUGCUGUCCAGUGUGCCUGGUGGUGAGCUUUUCAAUCCUCGCAAGCACAAGUUUACUGAAGAGGACCUGAAACCACAACCAAUGAUUAAAAAAGCAAAGAAGGUUUUUGUCCCAGAUGAGCAAAAGGAUGAAAAGUACUGGACAAGGCGAAAGAAGAACAACGUGGCAGCAAAGCGUUCUCGUGAUGCUCGACGAUUAAAGGAGAAUCAGAUCACAAUUCGGGCAGCCUUCCUUGAGAAAGAGAACACGGCCCUGAGGACGGAGGUUGCAGAGCUGCGCAAGGAAGUGGGGCGAUGCAAGAACAUUGUUUCUAAAUACGAGACCAGAUACGGACCCUUGUAAGCACACCCCUUUUCCUUGUUAGGGCUCCUUGUUUUAGCCUCUUAGACUUCUCUGCCUUCUGUAGAGACUUUCAGAAAUAAAGUUUGUGGAGGCUUUGCCAUUUUGCAUCUUAAAAAAUCUGUUGGCACAACAUUCAGACACAUUUCCUGAUUAUCACGUUGCCCGAAACCUUUGUGUCCGUAUUUACAACUUUAGCACUAAUAGAGCACUUUCUGAUGUCAUACGAAAGAACAGAUUAUCCUGUCCAAAGGAAUAUAUAUGGAUUCCUUGUGACUGGACAGAGCUUUUGCUUUCUGUUCUAAUCUCUCUUUUUUUCAAUGGAGGGAAAAAAGCAAAGACCAGAGUCCCUUAGGCUCUUUUCUUUUUUCUUUUUCUUUUUUCUUUUUUUUGUUUUCAAGAAAAUCCUACUCUUUUGUACCUGUGUGCCACCUCCCUGCCCCAGUCAAAUUGUGAAACAUAAUUUUAAGAUGUUGCUGUGCAGCAUCGUGAAAUUUUCCUCUCCCGUUUAGAGGCACUAGAAAGCACUCUCUUCCUGUUGAAGAGGAACAGAGAAUCUUUAGGACAGGGAAGUGUUCAAUUCUCUUGUGGAAACUGAGAUCUCUACCUUAAGCGUUAGGAAAACUACAAUCAGUACAGUGUUGGUAAAAUACUGCUCAAGCCUCUUGAUAGGCUCUAGUUCUGGAUAACUUCCAGGAGCCUAGAGAACAGCAGGGGCUCUCACUUUACAGAUGACUACAGAAUAGUUUGUUGUGGAUGUUAGGCUGUAAUUCUCCCACCACCCCUCAUUUUUUGUUCCCCGAGGGGAGACUUCCUUGAAUUGCUGAUGAAGCAGCAUAUUCAUCAUAACUGAGGAGUAAGGGAGAAAAAGAAGUCUGCCUUCUUAUGCUGAAUUUGAGACCCAUCUGUUAAAGAAUUGCUUUUAAAAUUUUUACAGGAAAUCUUCCAUAGCAUGAGAAACAGAGAAACCAGCCACUCUUACUUUGUUACACCUUACCUGAUGUACAGAGUUUUUGUUGUUUUGUUUGUUUGUUUUGGUCCUUUGCCUCCCGAAUGUGCUAUGGAACAAGCUACCAACAGUACACCUCCAUAUCUCUUGUGUAGCAGUGUAUCUGGACUCUCUGUGCCUGCUGGUUCUCUCUCUAGCAUGCUUCUUGAUAGAAAAUUAAUAUACAAGACUUGCCCUCUUGAAAAUAAUCCAUUCUCAGCACCGAGUGCUGCUUCGACAGUAUGUGCUGCUAAAAGAGAACUAUGCUGUGUGUGAUGUUGGGACCUUCUCCAUGACCUCCAGCUGCAAGAACCAGAAGCUUUAACAGAAGUAUUUGUGCAGAAGUUCCCUUCUAGACAAGAGAAGCUAUCUUAAGAUAGUGGUUAUGUCAGAACUUCUAAGCUAUGCUUUCUGAGCUAACGCUUCUAUUAGGGAGUAAAUGAGGUAGAAGAUGUUGAGAAGAUAGUUUCCAGUUCCCCUCUUGAAGUCUGAAAAGAAUGUUGAGGGAAAUGAAACAGAGUUUUUUUUUCCUGUACUAAAGACUUUGUGCCCAGCUUGUCUUUUAAACAUAAUGGAAAAAUUGGUACGAAUUUAAACCAAUUGUGCGUUGACUUCUUAAGAAAGUGGAGAAGCAGGCUAAUUCAGUACAGUUAAAGUAAAUGUAUGCUUUGAUCUCUCUCCCCUUUUUAUGUUCUAAUUUGACCAGAAUGUCUCUUCAUACUGUGUUGGUCUGAUUUCUUUCAAACAUGCUAAAAAUGGUCACCCUUUCAGCAGGGGAUUUGCUUUCACAGGGUGGUGUGUGGUGGUGGUGAUGGUGGGAAGUAUAUUAUAAAUAAAUUGUCACACUUAACACUUUGCUUUGUUUAAAGUGACUUAUCUGAUUCCGAGUGAUGCAACUUUAAAGACUUUUAAAAACAAAGAAACUAAAAAGCACACAUGAAUCGCCAGUCUUCAGAGUGAGCAGUGAAAUCUUUGAGGUGUCCCAACACAACUGACGAUGACCCUGCCUGCCUGCUUGCCUGCAAGUACCCCAUCUGAACUACCCAGGGCUGGGCAUGAUGAAAAGUGCAAAGUCUCCUUAAUUCUGUAUAUGGCUUUCUUAUCUGUCUUUCUCACUGUAACUAUGAACUACAAUAAGCUUACUUACUGGGGUUUUGUCAAGAUGCUCAAAGUUCAUGUUUCAAAGUCUGUUGACAGCCUGUGUGAGUAGUGACUGUUUUGGCACUCGAGUGGAAGAAAAUAGAGAGAUUUAAAUGGAAGUGUCUGUAUAUAUUAAGAACUGCUAUACUUUAAAACUUCUUUCCCCUGCAGUAGAAUAAGUUGUACCUAAUGCUGCAGCUCGCUUCUGGUACAGCAUAGCAUCUUGUGGAGUAUUGUGAGUGCAGAAUCAAAGACAGCAGUUUGUGAUGUGUAAGGCUUCCAGUGCAGAGUAAUACAGCAGAUGUAUUGAAGCAGUCCAGAAAGUGCCCCAGUGUGCCAUACGAAGGCUUGUAAGAAAUCUCUAUCAAACGACCCAUGUAAGUGAAAACACUGCUGUAACCUGCCUUCUUAUUAUUUUUCAAGGCUCACUUUCUUUAAUGGUAUCUCGCUGAAACAAAGUCUGAUCUUCUGUUAUGAGUUAGCAGUCAUGGACAAGGUGCUAGUCUGAUCCCCAUGUCUUUUGGCAGUGUAAGACUACCAAGUGAGUAUUAGUGCCAGCAAAGCAAUGGCUAUGAGCUGCCGUGCUGCAAUUUGUUCUCUCUUGACUACACGAGAACUGCGGUGGCAGAAGAGUAUUUCAUCUGUUUGACAAAUCUGAAACGACUAAAGACUAUGCAGAGGUACAGCAGACCAUUCCUUGUGCUGGUGUGGGAGAGUAGCUGAAAGCUUAGGCAGAUUGUGGAGAUGAUUAUUGUGUGUAGAGGAUGGGGAAGGUAGGUGGAAGUUCCUUUGUAAUAGCUUCAUCAGCCAAACAAGAAUUUACCUUUAUAUUGAGGAAGGUUAAGAGCUAUGUUUAAGUGGGAAGAACAAGUACUUACUUUCUGGGAAAGUAGCACAGAGCUGAAGCCUGUAAGACAGGAGUGAAUGUUUGUUGUAUUUGUGCCUGGAGAUGGAUGAACAGCAUACACCUCAAGAGAAAUAAUCCAAAAAGCUUUCAGAAGCACAAGUGCCUGAGUUAUGAGGCACAACUAGUUACCAGCAAAACCUGACACAACAUUGAGCAAGUAUUCUGAGUUAGUGUUUAUCCAAGAGAUACCACUCUUCAGAGCAGAAAGGCAAAGAGAAAAAGAUGCAAGGCAGCAGAUAAUGUUGUACCUUCACUUAAAAAAUAAAAAUUAAAAUGCAGAAUUUGUAACUUUUUUUUUUUUGAAAGCAUAACCUCUGUAAAGGGCAUAUAUAUUAAAUGCACUUAUUGACCUGUUAUUUGUAAUGGACCAUGAUCUGGAGUAGAGAAAGUAUUUUUAACUUUCGUUGGUUACAGAAUUAUACUGAGUGCAUGAUCAGAAUUUGUGAUUCUGAGGUGAUCUCUGAGUAUCCUCAGAUGGAUGAAUAGCUUAGCUCUGCAUUGCUGAAACAUCAGCAUAUAUCACUACCUGUAGCAAAUAUUGCAGAUUCGAAUGGAUAUUUUUGGUAUGUCCUGUUUUUCUUUUUCCUUUAUUUUGGUAAUACUGACAGCAUGUAAAUAUAGCAAAGCAACUCUUUUUCCAUUUAUCAUUUCUACAUUUCCAGUUGGCUUUGGCUAUUCUUGAAAGUCAUGCUUCCUGCUUAAAUCAAAGAAUAUUGUAACUGGGCAAGGAGUUGCUAAUCCUUCAUUGGGUCUUGCUGUCUUACUGCUUUAGGAGCAUGUUUUAAAUGCCUAUACAUUGUAUGCAGGACCUGGUUUUGCAGUAUGCCACGCUAUUUUAACAGCAAAACAGUAAGAAUAGUAUGUGCAAUUCUAUCUUUUCCUGUCUAUCAAAUGUUUAUACAGUGGAAACUAACAGUGAAUUAUAUAUAUAUAUAUAUUUUUUUUUAUUUCAGAGAAGACUGUUAGUAAAUUCUUGUGCUUCCCUGUAGAACAGUGCAUAACUACACAAUCUGUUUCACGUAUCUACAGGUUGCAAAACUGGAAAAUCACACUUCAGGAUAAAUGUGAAUGAUCUCCUAUAGUUGGAGAUUUUUUUUUUUUUGUUAAGAAUCAACAUUUUCAAGGGUAGAUGAGAAGGUAAUAACUACGAAAGGAGUGUGGGCAUUGCCAGACAGCAAAGUGAUGUGCAGUGCUGAUUUCCAUUCUCAGCUUUUGCAGUCUUGGGAAGUUGAGCUUACUGCUUCAGAGCAUGCUGCUCCUUUCAGAGAGAUUCACUUACAGUCUCGUUUCUUUGUUGAGGAUGCCUAUCCUAUUUGUAAAUGAUAGCUUGGAUACGUUUUCCAUAGUGAUCAUAAGGCCAAUAUUCUUCUAGCUCAGUCUACGUGUUAAAAGAUGCUGAAUUGACACUGUUAGUGUCUGAAGUUCUCUGACCUUGGAACGUGCUACGUAGAGGCCGUAAGUGUGCCUAUUGCCAAUGCACUCCAUUGCAUCCACAAAGGGACCAUCUCCAAGGGGAGAGAAUCAAGGGAAUGCAUCUUGGAGCAUCGCUGCAGGGAUUGCCAUUAAAGGGAGCUGUUUUUGGCAGCUCUACAUUCAUUAAGAAAUAGAUAGAAAUCAAACAGCCGUUGCACAGCACUAGCUUUCAAAGUGCACAAACUGUUGAUAAUGGCAAUUGACUGUUGUCUUAUUCUACAGAAAAAUUGACAAUGAACAAGUGAUGCACAGAACUUAUUGCAGUACUGCUUUCGUGCAUGACCUUGUAAUCCAUGCAGUUACAUUUCCAUGCAGCAACACAUUUCGGUACUUAAUAAGUCCCUAGAACUUUAUUCUUUCAUCUGAUGCCAAGAUUUGCUCCCAGUGAAGCCACUAACAAAGAUCUCAUUAACUUCCAUAGGAAAAAGUCUUUGUUCUGGUGAGGUGAGCAUCAAGCGUUAAGCAAGCACUGGAGCCCUGGCUGUAUUUGUGUUACUCUGGAGCUCCCUAUGCUGGGAUCAGGUGGAUGUAUCCCUGAUUGCAGGUGUCGUGCUCAUGAACUGAUCCUUCACUUAUUUGUUCACACAGUUUUGAUACUCAGACAGUCUGAAAUCUUUUCCCUCCCUCCCCCAUCAUGGACAGGGUUAAAAAGCAUACUAUAAACUUGUGCUGGGAGAAGAAAUGGUUUUUGUUGUCGCUUUUUCUUGUUUGGUUGUUUCUUUUCUUAAAAAGAAUGUUAUGUGGCUUUCUACCAGUUCUUUUGAUAACGUUUUAUGUAAUUUCUGACAAUUUUCCUUUUCCCUGCUGUGCUUUUUGCAAGCCCAAGGUAUUACAGCUGUCAAAAUCACUUUCAGUGUUACCUGCAGGAUUGCUACUGAUUUUAACAAAUGUAUUUCACGUUGAAGGGUGUAGUGGAGGGCCAGCAGUAACAGCUCAAUAAAAUGUUCUUUUGUGGGGAAUUUUUUUUCCCCAAAAAUAAUGGAUUUGCACAGAAGAGAAUAUUGUUGCUUCAGCCUUGUAAACCUCUUCAGGAUAACACGGCUCUGUUCCUUGUGAUCGGAUGCCUUCAUUUUUAGUGAGAGUGAAGGUAUCUUGUACCCUUUAAAACCCAGACAGGAUUUCAUUUGCCCUCACUGUUUUAGCUGAUGAGCAGGAGAUAAGAAAUGCAAACUUAUCUUAAUGCAUAGAUCUUUUUUUUUCUUAGUAAUCUACAUCUAAAUCCAGAAGCAGCAAACUAAAUUUGUCAGUGCUGUUGUUUUGCCUUUGCAAUAGUGGAAGAUACUGGCUAGUUUUCUAGAUUUUCAGCCAAUUAUUCUGAUCUGUAUAGCUGCCACUGUAACGGGGUGAAGAUGGAUAAAUUCACAACAAAAGAAUGGGAAGAAGGUAGAAAGAGCAAAUGUGACUUCUGUGGAGAUGCUAACAUAAUGCUCAUUGAGAAACUACAAUGAUUUAAUUGUCAACAAUGCAGAUUUGUCAUACAGAAUGUUCAUUUUUAACUUGAGAGUAUGCUGUCCCCUAGGAAGUCCCUUCUGGAAUGCAGACUUCAAGUUGAAGCAACUAUGGGAGAAAGGGAAUACUUUGAGGAAGAUACGUAUGUAGAUAAACAUAAAAAUACCUGUUAAGUAAAGCAGAAAAUGGAAGUGGGGAAAACAGUACCACAGGUUACUGACCCAAAUUAGGCUGCUGAAACCAAAGCCUCGCUGUUUAAAUUCGGCAGCAGUUUGGAUCCCCUUCCUGUAGAAGAUUUUUUAGGUUUUAGGAAACUUGUUUAGGUUUGGGAAUCUCCUUUUCUUGAUCUCAUGCCCACGGUUCAGAACGAAGUGAAAGGAAUACAGAGAUGGGGGUGGAGAGUGGCCGCAGAAAGGCAUGAACAAAUAGCUAUUGCUUGACCUGAGUGUGCUGUUGUGCCAGGACUUGACUUGCUCCUGUGAGCUGAUAGUGCUGUGUCAUGAAGAAAUUACUAUCUGAGGCCCCAAGUGUUUUAAGACCUCAGUUCUGCAUGGGAUGAGCCCUGUAUCUAUAGAGAACCGCGUGGACUUCACAGCAUCUUUGAACGUGAAGCUCUGUCCAGGCAGUGGGCUGCAGAAUUGUGUCCUUAACACCGUCAGUUGUAGUUAUAAGGCUGUUCAUAUUAAAGGUAAUUUGGGUGCCUGUUACAUAGCCAAAACCCUUGUUACGUCAUUUUCCCAACCAAGGCAUGAGCAGAAGCCCUUUCCUGUACAACACCUGUAAAAAAAAAAAAAAAAAAAAAAAAAAAAAAAAAAAAGUACUUCACAUCCAUCUAGUAAAUUAAGGCAUGUGAUUUUGAUCUGUGGGUCUCAACAAACUUUGCUCGUGUACCUGCCUGAAUGUUUCCUUAGAUCUGCAGCUGUGUCUCAGUGGGAAGGUAUGGCGGCGUUUGUUUUCCCCAGGGAGCACAAUAGCAGCUCUGAUCUGUCACGCUGCAGGUGAGACCGCUUGCUGCUGGCCAGGACCGUGGAAGGAUGCAUCCUCUGCACUUUUAUGUGAAGUUGUCUCAAAUAUGGUGAUUAUUAACAUGACUAUUGAAAUACUGUAUUUUGUAUAACUUAGAACGUGUAAAUACACUUUUAAAACUGAUCUGUUCUAUGAAGUAAUAAAUAAGUGCUUCCAUUGUAAUUCCUGAAUAUUGUUAAUGCUUCGUGUAGCUUGAUUUGGGACGAUUUUAUUUUUUUUUUUUCCUAGAGAAUUGCAGAAAUCAAAACCAAGAUUGAUGUUGUGGAAUUCUAGUCUAGUUGUGAUGCUUUCUAUCAAGACAAAAUGUGUUUAAAAAUUAAAAAAAAAAAAA